AUGGCCCCGGGUGUGACCGGCACAGAUUCGGAGCGUCGCACGCCCCAGGGCGUGAGUUACAGCACCCUGCCCCACAUGGUGAACGCAGAAGGACAGUAUCUGUACUGUAGGACAUGGGAACCCGCUCUACAGGCUGGGCAGAAACUUAGGGCGUUACUGUUCUUUUCUCAUGGACGGGGAAGUCACUGUGGAGUUCUUGGUCCCAUACUGGCCCAGCUUCUCAACAGGCAUGGGUUCUUAGUCUUCUCACAUGACCACGUUGGCCAUGGUCAGAGUGAAGGAGAGAGGGUUUAUGUGGAAAACUUCGACAUCCUCGCCAGAGACAUACUUCAGCAUGUGGACAUGAUGGGAGCUCGACAUCCGGACGUACCGAUCUUCCUGCUCGGACAUUCCAUGGGAAGCUGUGCGGGGAUCACAGCAGCCUGCAAGCGUCCGGGUCAGUUCGCCGGGAUGGUGCUGGCUUCACCCGCUAUAGAAAACGUCAUCACCAGUUCGUACAUAUAUUGGACCCUGGCGUGGAUCACCUACAAGAUAUAUCCAAGCAUGGAAAUUCCCAAGAACAGACACAUACUGACCAAGGACAACGAAAAGCUAAAGAUGUAUGUAGAGGAUCCCUUGGUAUCAGGAGCACCCGAGAUUAUCCACCUUGGAAUGAAAUUUUUAUAUGCCAUGCUGGCGACCCAAAAUCUGCUUCCUGAGGUGGACUGUCCCUUUUUGGUGAUACAUGGAGAUGACGACAAAGUUUGUGACGUUUCCGGGGCGUGGAAAUUAUAUCACCAGGCCAGGAGCCGGGACAAGAAAAUCAAGAUAUACCCCAACUGUCGCCAUGUCCUGUUACUGGAGACACCUGAAGACGUGGAGAAGGUCAAACAAGACAUACUGGACUGGUUUUUGGCCAGGGUGACCAGGGAUUCAAAGCCCACUUAGUCAGUCUUCGC